AUGGAGGUGAAGGUCUACGUCGAAGGAGUCCAGCGCAUUGUUUGUGGAGUCACUAAAAAAACAACAUGUCAGGAGGUGGUCAUCGCUUUAGCACAGGCACUUGGUCGCACUGGUCGAUAUACCCUACGAGAAAAAUUCAAAGAUUAUGAGCGUAACAUGUCUCCGGAUGAAUGUCUACUGGAGUCCCUGGAGAAAUAUGGAGAGCAAGGGAAGGAGGUGCAGCUCACUUUGAAGCAUAUCGGUCCAUCGCAAGGGGAAGAAACCAACCAGCCCAAAGCCCAAAUGAGGCGAGUGGAGGGUCCAGGGAGGGUGAGGAGAGGCAGCGGUGCAAUCGCAACCCUACACCGCCAGAGCCUCCCACCACUGUCCCGUCUCUGCCUCCACCCUGAGCCACCCACAGAGGAACCAAAGAGACCCAAGCGGAAGUCGCUGACUUUAAUGGAGGAAGCGUGGGGUUGGCUUGAAAACCUGGGUAGAGGCGGGAAACAGCAAUCAGGACGAGAUAAAGGAAAAGACAAGGAGGGCAAUAAAGGAAAUGGGCAUUCAGAUAACACAUCUCUAAAACCAACCAAAAGCUCCCUAGCCUGUGGGACACCACAGACCAGGGACAAAAAGGACAAAUAUAGAGUCGCGCCACAUCAGCCUUUGAUCAGUUGUCUUGGGAAUCGAGGGAGAUGUUGUGAUGAGAGAACUGUACAGAAAGGUGCCGAGGAAGAUCUGAAAACCACCAAUGAAGUAGUUCCUCUGGUCAAAAAAAGCCUCGAAACUGAAAGUGAGGAAACUGUAGAGUUAAGGAGACUGGUCAUCCAACAACACACCAGUCUCCAAGAACUAAAGCGAAAAAUAGAGUCAACAGAGCAGUUGAUUUUUGAGCUUGAGAACCAGCAAGCUGCCAAGGACAUCUCAGAGACACCAUCAGAUGAAGAAGAACAGCUCAAGUUCUGGAUCAAUGAGCUCAAGGCAGAAGAAGUCUUUGAGAAAGACCUCCAGAAUCAGUUCUUUGAGAUUAAAGUAGCAGCUGCUGAAUGCAAAGCUACACUGGAGGAUUACAAACAGAAACUGCAGACGAUGGACCUGAGAAGCCUUCAGAAGCAAACAGGCCUUGACAAAACACCUGGAGAGAUCAGCCAAGGAGAUGCUCCAAAAUCAGUCCAAACAAUCGUCAAACAAACAGAGACCUCAGCAGACAGGUCACAUGAAAGUGAUGGAACAAAAAGGGUCGUCACAACCAUGGAGUCUAAACUUCCGUAUGUGUUUGUUUCAGCAAACCAUCUAUCAUAUCCUUCUCAAUGCGGACCAGCAGACCUGAGGGAAUGGUGGACACGGUGGUCUCAGAGCCAGAGUCAAACAUCAGUGGUCAAACCCAAAACAGUGCAUCGCUCUGAAAUCACCAUACAGCUGGGAAGCACCAGGGUUUAA